ACGCCGGGGGAGCCCUUUCCUAAGAGUCAUCAACCAGCUGCCACCCUGACCCGGCUGCGCGCCCGGAGGACAGACAACCCGAGCCCCGACGGCCAGCCGCGGGCCGGGGCCCAAGGAAUAGUAGGACUCAGCCGACUCCCCCGGCGGGGCCAUGGCGCUCGACUUCCUGGCUGGAUGCGCCGGAGGUGUGGCAGGUGUGCUCGUGGGACACCCUUUUGACACAGUCAAGGUGCGGCUGCAGGUACAGAACGUGGAGAAGCCCCAGUACCGAGGGACGCUGCACUGCUUCCAAACCAUCAUUAAACAGGAGAGUGUGCUGGGCCUGUAUAAAGGCAUGAGCUCGCCGCUAAUGGGGCUCACCUUUAUCAAUGCACUGGUGUUUGGGGUGCAAGGCAACACCCUUCGGGCCCUGGGCCAAGACUCACCUCUCAAUCAGUUCCUGGCCGGUGCAGCAGCAGGCACCAUCCAGUGUGUCAUCUGUUGUCCCAUGGAACUGGCCAAGACGAGGCUGCAGCUGCAGGGGCCCCGUACCUACAAGGGGCCCCUGGACUGCCUGGUACAGAUAUACCGCCAGGAGGGCCUGCGUGGCAUCAACCGGGGCAUGGUGUCCACACUUCUGCGUGAGACGCCUAGCUUUGGGGUCUACUUCCUCACCUACGACGUCAUGACUCGCGCCAUGGGCUGCGAGCCAGAUGACCGCCUGCUGGUCCCCAAGCUGCUGCUGGCGGGUGGCACGUCAGGUAUCACGUCCUGGCUCUCCACCUAUCCUAUGGACGUGGUCAAGUCACGACUGCAGGCCGACGGGGUGCACGGAGUGACCCGCUACCACGGCAUCGCCGACUGCAUACGGCAGAGCUACCAGGCCGAGGGCUGGCGAGUCUUCACCCGGGGACUGGGCUCCACUCUGUUACGCGCUUUCCCUGUCAACGCUGCCACCUUCACCGCCGUCACUGUGGUGCUUUCAUAUACCCGGGGUGAGGAGGCCCAACUAGAUAGUGAGGCAGCUCCGGACACCUCUGCCACUCCUGCCGAGCCUGCCCUGGCCCAUCCAUCUCGUCUGUGAUGCUGUCUGUCCCACCAACUGUCCCAGGGCCACGUUGCUGAAACUUGACACAGAGAAUGUGGCUCCUCAGCCAGUCUUCUUCCUCACUGGCUCAUGAUGCCAGCCAGUCUAUACUCCACCAGCUUCCUAUUUCCUCAGCUGUAAAGUGGGGCUCUUCCUCUUCCAGGAAGAUGGAGGCUGGCUAAGUCUGCACUGUGCAGGCAGAACUGCCAAUCAGAAUCUUCCAAGCCCAGCACUCCCAGGGCCAACUGUAACAGGUUGGCCAAGGACCCACCCAUACCCCAAAUCCUCCAUCACCAGAGUCCCAGGAAGGUACUUGGCCACCUCUUACCGUUAUCGGCAGCGGGAAGCAUUCAAUGAAACCCACCCAUAGGCCUAGCUUCUCAGCUGCUGCCCCUUAACUGCAGAGUGGGGCUGGGCCCUGGCACCAAGCCUGUUGAGGAUCCUGCCAGUGUAGGGCCUGGGUGGGGAACAGAUGGGCCACUGGCCUCAGUGUCUCUGCAGUGAAAUUGUGUGACAGCUGUGGCAAGCCAAGUCUUCUCAUCUCUGGGCCUCAGGCUACCUGUCUGUCAAAUGGGGAUCUGGAUCAGCAGAUGUCUGGUUCACUUAUUGGCAGACAGGAUAACCAGUGGUGGGUAGGCAGAGGGCCCAGGAGAGCAGUCUUUCUGGGUAUUCUCAGUCCUGGACCCCUGAAGGCCCAGAGCUAUUGGCACCAAGUACAGUGUAGACAGUUUGGGCCCGCCUAGGUGGGGAAAACUGUGUUCUCUAGCCGCCUGUCACUGCUGUACAGGAGCCUCUAAAGGAAUAAAGUCUUGUUUUCUAAGCA